AUGAUGCAUCGUCAGCCAAUCUGCAGGCUAUCGCAUCGGGCUGAGUGGUCGAAUUCAGCCUACCAAACACCCACUUUAACAGCUCUCACAGUUCGACGGACCUUACGGUUGUCCGCGACGCGUUGGAACUCAUCGGAUCCAUCGAAUGGGAAUGAAGAUGGCACUGCUUCAAAUCCAGCGCCGGCGAAGCCCAAGUUCGGCAGCCGAUGGGGUCCCAAACAAACUACGCCAUCGGCGGGCUUGAGUUUCGCAGAACAAGCGAUGCGCCAAACCCUUGUCGCCAAUAGUCAACCGCCGCCGCCGCCAGCACCUGCACCGCCGCAACGGAGGCGGGAACAGUCAAAUCAACAAGGGAACUUGGGACAAUCAAACCAGCAGAGGAAACCGUACGUGCGGCGCGUGGGCCCUCGGGAUAAUCAAGAUGCCUACACGAUGGGAUCAAGAGAAACGCAACGCAACCAGGAGAGGAACUCGUCCAUCCAGGAGAAGAAUCCGUUUGAAGAAGAGAAGCCAGGUGGCUACAUGAGGUGGCCAAGAGAAACAUCACGGAUUCAGGGGAGGAACCCGUCCACUCAAGAGAAAAAUCCGUUUAAAGAAGAGAAUACAGGGAGCUACAUGAGGUGGCCCAAAGGAACCUCACGCAAUCAGGAGAGGAACCCGUCUACUCAAGAGAGAACCCAUUUUGAAAAAGAGAAUGCAGGUAGCUACAUGAGGUGGCCCAAAGGGACAUCCCGCAAUCAUGAGAGGAAUCCAUCUACCCGAAGAACGAAACCGGCGUUUGAAGAAGAGAACCCAUUCGCCCCUGAAAGGACACAAAGCAGAUUCCAGGGCCAAUUCCAGAACAGGGCGACUAGGGACCAUCCAAUGGCCCACGACGACUGGAGCUGCCCUCAGUGCAUGAAACAUGUUUUUGCCACAAAGCAAGUGUGUCCAUUCUGCAAAACCUCUCGACCUGACGACGCCCAGCCAAGGCUCCGAAUAACUAGGGAGUAUAGCGAAUCUCCCGAACCUUCACCAUUCAAACAGUCCCGAUCCCCUUCUGAGUAUACUAGAAAGUUCCAGCGAUUAGGGGAUUCAGUUUUGUCUGAAUUGGAACAAGACGUUCAGCUGAAUACAACAGAAACCACAGACCGAGAUUCAGAGAAGUCUGACCGACCCCAAACGAAGGAGGAAGCAGAAUAUUUCAAGAAGAACCAAUGGACUUGGGAUAUGUCUGCACUUGAGCAGCUAGAAAACCUAGAGUCACAAGAACAGCAGCCACCGAAGCCUGUGAAGCGCCGUGAUGGACGCAAGGGACGUGAGAGUGAGUCUGAUGAGGCCGACUUUGACUCGGAAGAUCGCGAGCGUCUCCGGAAAGAGCGGAGACGCCAGCAGAAAGAAAAGGACGCCCAAAGGGCUGCAAAGAAGGCCGCCGCGCAGGCAGCGCCAGCUCCUCUUUACCUACCCGAAUUCAUCAGUGUUAGCAACUUGGCCGAUGUCAUUGGCGUGCGGCCGGCGCAAUUUGUGCAGCGAAUGGAGGAGAUGGGCUUCGAGGAAAUCACGUACAGGGAUAUUCUCGACGCAGAAACCGCCGGGUUGGUGGCAGCCGAGUUCAACUACGAGGCCAUCUUUGACAGCGGCAAGGCAGAUCUACAUGCUGCCCCUGAGCUAGAGGACACAUCUGACCUGCCAACCAGGCCACCUGUGGUCACUAUUAUGGGUCACGUUGAUCACGGCAAAACUACAAUCUUGGAUUGGCUGCGCAAGUCAUCUGUGGCAGCGUCUGAACAUGGUGGUAUCACCCAGCAUAUUGGUGCGUUCUCCGUAAUGAUGCCUGCCGGAAAAGCCAUUACCUUCCUUGAUACCCCCGGCCAUUCUGCAUUCUUGGAAAUGCGUCGCCGAGGUGCCGACGUGACCGAUAUUGUGGUGCUUGUGGUUGCCGCGGACGAUAGUGUCAAGCCGCAAACCAUCGAGGCCAUCAAGCACGCCACCCAGGCCAAGGUUCCCGUCAUUGUCGCCAUCAGCAAAAUUGACAAGGAGGGCAACAACCCUGAUCGAGUCAAGGGUGACCUUUCUGUUCAUGGGAUCCAUGUGGAGGACUAUGGAGGUGACGUUCAGGCCAUCGGUGUCAGCGGCAAAACCGGACAAGGAAUGGUUGAACUGGAAGAAGCCAUCGUCGCGCUCUCGGAAAUGCUCGACCACCGCGCAUCCACCACCUGUAAUGUCGAAGGCUGGGUCAUCGAGGCUUCUACAAAGAGUUAUGGCCGUGUAGCAUCCGCUCUGAUUCGACGUGGAACCCUGCGGCCAGGCGAUAUCAUUGUUGCCGGUACCGCGUGGGCUCGUGUCCGCACCCUCCGCAAUGAAGCCGGUGUGACCAUCAGUGAAGCCACGCCUGGAAUGCCCGUCGAAAUCGAUGGUUGGAGAGAGCAGCCAGGUGCUGGCACCGAGCUCCUACAGACACCAACUGAGCAGAAAGCCAAGGAUGUUGUGGAUUACCGCUUGGAGAGGUCUGAUACCCAGAAGAUGGGUGUCGAUAUGGUUGCCAUUAAUGACGCUCGUCGUGACCUUCUCGAGAAGCGCAGGCGCGAGAAAGAAGAGGAAGAAAUAACUAAGGAAGUCGAACCAACCGGCCCCAAGUCGGUCAAUUUCAUCCUGAAGGGCGAUGUGGACGGUUCGGUGGAGGCAGUCUUGAACUCCGUCGCAGCAGUCGGUACCAACGAAGUCUUUGCCAAUAUCAUCCGUUCGGGUGUCGGCCCUGUCAGUGAAUUCGAUAUCGAACAUGCUGGCAGUGCCAAGGGCAAAAUCAUCUCAUUCAACCAGGCCAUUGAUCCUAAUAUCAUGCGUAUUGCAGAGACCGAGCGCGUUGAAAUUCUGGACCACAACAUCAUUUACAAACUGAUUGAUGACAUCAAGGCCAUUCUCAGUGAAAAGCUGCCUCCAUCGGUCACUAUGCGUGUGACCGGAGAAGCCGAGAUCCAGCAGGUGUUCGAGAUCACGGUCAAGGGACGUGAAAAGACAGCCAUUGCUGGAAGUCGUGUGCGUAACGGUCUGAUCAACAAAACUCGCAAGGUCAGGGUGCUUCGCGGAGACGAGAUAGUCUACGAUGGCACAAUGGUUUCCCUCAAGAACGUCAAGAAAGACGUUACCGAAAUGCGCAAAGACACAGAAUGUGGUAUCGCGUUCGAAAACUGGACAGAUUUCGCACCCGGUGACCAUGUCCAGUGCUACGAAGAGAUCUCUGAGAAGCGCUAUCUGUGA